AUGGAAAUCAAUGCAGAGGCAGAAAACAAUGCGAAGGAAAUUGUGGGAGAAACUAAUGCAAUGAAUAAUGAGAUUCAAAAUAAUGUAUUUGGAGAACCAAGAAUGGUGGAAAAAACUACUGCAAUGAACAAUGAGAUUCAAAAUGAUAUAUUUGGAGAGCCAAGAAUAGUGGAAGAAACUACUGCAAUGAAUAAUGAGAUUCAAAAUAAUGUAUUUGAAGAGCCAAGGAUGAUGGAAGAAAAUAAUGCAAUGAACAAUGAGAUUCAAACUAAUGUAGUUGGAGAGCCAAGAAUGAUGGAAGAAACUAAUGCAAUGAAUACUGAGAUUCAAAACAAAGUAUUUGGAGAGCCAAGAAUGGUGGAAGAAACUACUGCAAUGAACAAUGAGAUUCAAAAUAAUGUAUUUGGAAAGCCAAGGAUGAUGGAAGAAACUAAUGCAAUGAAUAAUGAGAUUCAAACUAAUGUAUUUGGAGAGCAAAGAAUGAUGGAAGAAACUAAUGCAAUGAACACUGAGAUUCAUACUAAUGUAUUUGGAGAGCAAAGAAUGAUGGAAGAAACUAAUGCAAUGAACACUGAGAUUCAAAACAAUAUAUUUGGAGAGCCAAGAAUGGUGGAAGAAACUACUGCAACGAACAAUGAGAUUCAAACUAAUGUAUUUGGAAAGCCAAGAAUGAUGGAAGAAACUAAUGCAAUGAACAAUGAGAUUCAAAUUAAUGUAUUUGGAGAGCCAAGGAUGAUUGAAGAAACUAAUGCAAUGAACAAUAAGAUUCAAAACAACUUAUUUGGAGAGCCAAGAACGGUGGAAGAAACUACUGCAAUGAACAAUGAGAUUCAAAACGAUGUAUUUGGAGAGCCAAUGAUGAUGGAAGAAACUAAUGCAAUGAAUAAUGAGAUUCAAACUAAUGUAGUUGGAGAGCCAAGGAUGAUGGAAGAAACUACUGCAAUGAAUAAUGAGAUUCAAAACAAUGUAUUUGGAGAGCCAAAGAUGAUGGAAGAAACUACUGCAAUGAAAAAUGAGAUUCAAAACAAUGUAUUUGGAGAGUCAUGGAUAAUGGAAGAAACUAAUGCAAUGAACAAUGAGAUUCAAAACAAUGUAUUUGGAGAGUCAUGGAUAAUGGAAGAAACUACUGCAAUGAACAAUGAGAUUCAAAAUAAUGUAUUUGGAGAGUCAAGAAUGGUGGAAGAAACUACUGCAAUGAACAAUGAGAUUCAAAACAAUGUAUUUGAAGAGCCAAGGAUGAUGGAAGAAACUACUGCAAUGAACAAUGAGAUUCUAAAUAAUGUAUUUGGAGAGUCAAGGAUGAUGGAAGAAACUAAUGCAAUGAACAAUGAGAUUCUAAAUAAUGUAUUUGGAGAGCAAAGAAUGGUGGAAAAAACUACCGCAGUGAACAAUGAGAUUCAAAACAAUGCAUUUGGAGAGCCAAGGAUGAUGGAAGAAACUACUGCAAUGAACAAUGAGAUUCUAAAUAAUGUAUUGGGAGAGCCAAGAAUGAUCGAAGAAACUAAUGCAAUAGACAAUGAGAUUCUAAAUAUUGUAUUUGGAGAGCUAGGCAUGGUGGAAGAAACUAAUGCAAUGAACAGUGAGAUUCUAAAUAGUGUAUUUGGAGAGCCAAGAAUGUCAACAUCCAUUUUGGAUCUUUGGGAAGAACCAAUGGUGCCUCUUCCAAUUGAUGAGGAAUUCCUUGCUCGCUGCGCUAAUUAUGACUCCGAUAAUUUACUACAACAGUGGAUAUGCCUCCACACAGGGAGUCGACCACUAACCUGA